AUGUCUUCCGAAUGGGCGGUUGUUGGCAAACAGAAGAAACCCCGAGAGCAGAAGGGUGACAAAAAGUCUCAGAAUGCAUCGGCGAGAGCGCCAAAAAUAGAAGAUAGUGCGGCUGAAAUGGAUACAUUUCGUUUGCUGUACGCCGAUCUGAAGGACGAGAUAACGGCUAGACUGAUCGCGCUCAAGGACAGCAAAGAGAAGGCUGAGGCUAGCACAGCGAGCGGCCCACCGUCAAAUGGCCCCAACCAUUCGUCUACUCCUACUCCUGUGCCAGGACAACAGCAGGCGGCACGUACCAAUAGCAAACCGAAGGAUCCAGAAAAAGGCAAACGGGCCAUUGUUCAAACGAAGCGACUUUUCAAGGAUUUGGAUGCUGCGCUCGCAGACAUCGAAGCCGACGAAUUGAAAUCACAGCUCAUGGCGGUGAACGUACACUUUAAAGACAAUCAUUUGAUGGUGCUGAAAGCGCUGACCAGUUCUCUGAACGAAAAGUUGCGCGUCAAGGAGUGUGACCCCGUGUACGGGGGAACAUCGAAAACCUAUCCGUACGACGCCCUACCGACGGAUGUGCGGAAGGUAAUCGACGAUUGCAUUGAGCGGGCGGGCGAGGAGAAUGUGAAAUAUUUCUACGACCUUACCUUAUCCAAUCUGGCCAGCGAUAUGAACGCCUCUUUGCCAUACCAUGGCCACAAGCUGAUACUCCAGGCGAUUGCUAUUCACCAUCCGCCUGCCUGCGUCAACAAUCUAGCGCGCAACGCCAUUCUCCGCAAUUCGUAUCAAAAUCGCAGCCACAUUGGCCUUAGCUUGCUGUGGGCUCUCGGCCAGGGAGGAUACAAGGAUCUGAACGUCGGUUUGAAGGUGUGGCAAGACAUAAUGGUGCCGGUACUUGACUUGAAAAGCUACAGUGAAUUCGUGUGCUCGUAUGCCAACGGCAUAGUAUCGGGAAACACCUCGCAAAGACUCGACCUAGGAAGUAGCGAGUUCCUUACCAUACUGAGCUCGAUGACGCAGCCGAAGAAAAGUGAUGAUCUGGAAAGUGCAGCCCGCCAGCUGGUAGAGCAGUACGUGAUCGGAUCACCGAAGCCAUCGGCCACCUUCACGGUGCUAUUCAACAAUGUCUCUUUCAUCACGCGCCCGACCAUGAUACACUACGGGAUGGCGCUGUGCCUGUUGGAGGACCCCGAGUGUGCGACGGUGUGGAUGAAACUGUACCGGAACCACCUGCAGACAUCGCUAGGGAUAUUGAACUUUUUGCUUGGCUCAACGUACCGAAGUCGUCAGGUUCUCGAGCAACAGGAUGGGGCCACGCAGUUGGCGGUUUACACGUGUCGCCCAGAUGUGUUCGAAGAGCUCUUCUGCGAGGAACAUUUUUUACAGUUUCUGACAAAUGUGGACACCACCAGCAAGGAGUUGAAUGUGACGAAAAAGGAAGUGGAAGUGCUGAAAUCGAUCACAGCGGUAGUGAAGGAACUACAGCAGCAGGGAGGCAAAUCGAAGAAGAAGCAAUCGUCCAACAAAGGCCACAGUAAAGCUUCCUCCUCCGUGUUGUCCUGCCUCUGCAAGUUUCUCUUCGCCACAUUCCUGCUGUUCGGGCUCACCGGUGCCCUGAUAGGGUACGAUACGUACCGAAGUGGCGGCAAGUUCGAGGCUUCGUUGACCGGUCAGACACUAAAGCAGGCCGGAGUGCUGCCGGCGGUGCAGGAUGGGUGGACCUGCACGCUGAAGUAUAGUGCCCGUGGCUACAAGUGGGCCGAGGCCAACGUUCCGGUCUACUACCAAGCGACGAGCAAGGCUCUAGGACCAUACGUAGAAUUUUCGAUAGAAUUCAGUAAAGUUCUCUGGAAUGGUGCCAAGAAGGGCGUCGCGAACGCCAAGCUGCUGGUCCAACAGAAGCUACCAGUGGUGGCCGAUUUUGUCGAACAGUACGCACCGGGACUACCGAAAAAAAUCGGCGACGCUGCCUGCUCGUCCUGGGACGCUCUCUGCACGUUCACCGCCAACGCCUACAAUCAUACUGUAGAAUUCUUCAAGACAAAGGUGUUUGUUGGGCAGCUUUCGGCGGAAAAUUUGGGAAAGUGCUUCAACAGUACCCAACAGGCUGCUGUUCUGUACUAUAGAUGGUUCAACGAUCAGGUCGAUUUUUACGCAAAGAUCAAGUAGAGUGGUCAGCGCGUCACGCAUACCGGGGACAAAGCAGCAGCAGCAGCGGCAGCACCAUUACCGCAAUCACACCACUACCACCACCAUCAGAAAGCAUGCUUCUCUCCGCAGUGUUGCGCUUCUGCCCAUUGUCCGUGCCCUGAGUGACUCUUGGUGCUCUAGGAGGUUGAUCCUCACUGGAAGCACAAGGCGGACGCGCAUGGGAGAGAUUUAGAGACUUCGGAGGCCAAAGUGGAAGUGGGAGAAAGAAUUGAAUAAGAAAACGAUACGGAAGACCGACAAAAGGAUUUGUUUCUAGCAAUAAGCAGAUGAUCGUGGAGAAAAAAAACACUGUGGAUUAAUAGCAGGAGCUAUCAGCAUGGAUCGCAUAUUGACACGGAGCCAGAGCCCCCCCCUCCAUUACUCAUUCGCGCGCGUAGAAGCUCAAAGUUACAUUCAAUCAGAACAGUGAAUAACGACCGAAGAUGACCGCGGUCAGUAGCCAUCAGGAGUACAGUGUGUUUACGAGAAUUUUUGUGUUUUGAUAAAUCAUUUAAUGAAAAAUAAAAUGAUCAAGCAUCUCUUACGAAAGACCUAAAAAGAUUGAACAACGAGGUGGGCACGACGAGUGGUGCGUGCUGAUGGGUGAACUCUUCCUUUCUCGAAACUUCGUUUCAGUGUAUAGAACAUGAUCAAUCAGGUGCUGAGAUUAUGUUGGUGCGAGGAAAAAUCGGG